UUGACUGCAUUCUUUGCUUUCAGAGAAUCUUUACAGACUUUAUUAUCCAAUAGAAACUGUUGUAUGUUGAACGUCUGAAACAUGGAUUUUACAGAAUAAAAGACAGAAAAUAAUGUUAGAUUGUGAGGACAAUGUCACGUUAUGAUAUAGAGAAGUUUGACCCUCCGCCAGAUCCGGAUCUCGUUUGUUGUAUAUGUCAGUGUGUGCUAGAUAAGGCUGUUGAAUGCCCCUGUCGCCACGUCUUUUGUCAGGGCUGUAUAGAACGAUGGCUCACCAACCGUCACACAUGCCCAACAUGCAGGAAGCGUACACGCAAGCAGGACCUCAAACCUGUACUUCCACUGGUGCAGAAUAUGCUAAACAGGUUGUUGAUGAUAUGUGAGUAUCGAGACAAUGGAUGUCUGGAGAAGAUCAUGCUGGAGCACUUUGAACGUCACAUCAAGAAUUGUGGGUAUGAGAUGAAGACAUGCAGGUUUUCUAAGUGUGGUGUCAGAAUUUUACGAAUGCAUCUUGAAGAUCAUGAAAAUGAACAGUGUGAGCAUAGGGAGACGGCAUGUGAGGGUGAAUGUGGACUGAUGAUUCCACUGAGUGACAGACCAACACAUAACUGUGUAGCUGCCCUCAAGGCUCAUAUUGAUGAAAAGAACAGAAUGAUAGAGCAACUGAAAGUCAAGUUACAUGAACUGAACAACCUAUCCCAAUCACUGAAUGACCAGCUUGUUGAGUUACGACAACAACUUAACGAUAGGAAUCACAUUUUCAGUUCGGACAGCUCGGAUAGUAGCGAGAGUGAUGUUACCGAUUUCAUGUCCGACGAUCUGAGCCGAGAUUCUUUCAGGGAUUCCUGGUUUGAUAGUGCGGCAUCAAAUAUUUCGGCAGAUAACGCGGACAAUGCCUCAAAUAACGACACAGGCCAGGAUAAUAAUAAUAAUAAUGCUGGUAAUGCUGAAGGUUCGGAUGUAGUUGAGCAGGUUGAAAGAACAGUGGUAAAUAGUCUCUUUGAACUUUCAUCAAGGUUGGAGCGUGUUCGUAAUCAAAUGAGAGCAGUGCUCAACUCUAGACUUGUUCAAGAUCAGAACAACCUGAAUGACGACGUCAGAAUCCCUUCGGCUGCAGAGCUGGAUGCAAUCGUGAAUAGCAACAGUAAUGAGAAUAAUAAUGCUUCAGCUCCAGAUACUUCAGAAAAUUACAGUAACGGUCAAAAUGAUGACGAUCGUAGAAAUGAAAAUGGACAAAACGGAGAUAACAAUCAUUCUGACAAUGAUACUCGUUAUUAUACCGAGGAUGAAAACCAUUCAGAUGAUAGGUACUCAUAUGCAAACGAUAGCCGUUGGAGUAAUUUAACUGAAGAGAACGGACCAGCAAAUCCAGCUGGCUCCGAUGUAAGUGAUUUGAACUGGAUAUCUGAUUCUGAUACUAAUCAUACGCCAUACAAUCGCUCCCCAAAUGCUUCAACACGUUCACCUGAAUAUGAAAGGUAUACUCCAUUUAGGAACGAGAGUCGCAACUACAACAACCAGUAUAUAUCGGAGCAUGUUAUACUCUCCCAGCCUCCAGAUUCACCUUCAGACACAACCGGAAGUUUUUCAAGUAUUCCAUCAACGUCGUCAAUGGUAAACAGCCCCUCAAGGGAGGACGACAAUGAAGAUUCAAUGCAUGGCUCUUUUCUUACGGCAACACCUGCAACAGAUAACCAUUCUAGUCCAGCACAUAGUAAUAGAAGCCUCUUCAACACUACAGAUAGUAAUUCUAGAUCCUCCUUGAUUUCUUCACCCAGGUCACCCGAUUCUUGUAGAAAUGACGAAGUCAGUGACCAUCACUCUACAAAUAUUUCAAAUUCGAGUCCAGCACAUUCAUUGUCAUCAGUGACUUCAGCAAGUGAGGGGAAUAGUUCAAAAUCAGAAGCUAGUCAUUGUAGCUCAGAUGAAAACUAUUGUUCAUCAUUUAACAGUCAUGAUGACAAGUCAGACACAAGUUCAAAAAGUUCACCAAGAAGUCACUCUAGCGAUUUCGUAGAUGCUGAAACUGAUGACAGUAGAAAUGUUGAAACUGCACAGACUGGUAGUAAGGUCGAAAAUAAGGGAGUCUGUUAUGAAACAAGUCACGUUGAUAGUAGUUUAGAUUAUGAACAUGGAGAAAGCCAUGAGGAAAGUCAAAAUGGUGAUAAUGUUUCAGAAACUAGCAAUGAAGGCCUAUCACAUCAUGAAGAUCAAGCAGAAUCUAAUGACAUCGGAGACAACCAUCAUCAAGAUAAUACCAGUGCAGUACAAGAAAAUUGUGUUUCAAGAUGUGAACCAGACAGCACACAAAGUCCAUCUACUAUCCAGCAACAUCAGAACUUCAGUUCAGUUGUUGGCUUAAGUGCUAGUAAUCCAUUGUUGAUUUCAACUGCGACAGAAUCCACAGAUUCGGACAAUUCGGAAUCAAUGAAAUACAUUACAAAACGUGUAAGGCGAAGUGAUACAUGUAGGUCUGCAGAAAACUCUGCAGAUAUUAAUCAACAGGAGGGAGUAAGAAAUAUUGUAUUGAAUGAAAGCACUGACCAAGGUUCUACUGUUGACAGUGGUUUUAUAACUGGUUCAAGCAGUCCCACAGAUGUUGUUAGUCAACCAUCUGGUAAUUCUAAAAAAUCUUCUAGCCGUAAAAGAAAGCAUACUUUUAGUAAUUUUGAAUCAGAUGAACAUAAGAAGAGCAAAACAAGUGGAGAUCCGACAUGCAAUACCAGUGAUCAAACCUGUCAGUCUUCAAAAGACACAAAUACGCUUUCGGAGACCGUUACAAAUAAUUCUAAUAUCAAUAGGUACGGAUUUAGGAAAAGAGGACAAGAUAAUGAUAUUAUUUCUGUCAGCGACUGUAAGAAAAAUAAAGCCAGUGGAGUUAAUUCACAGCAUUUAAACGGGCAAACAAAUGUGCAUCGUUCUAGAACAUCUCCCCCGCGUAGUAGGCAGUCCUGGCGGGAAACUUCUCAACAUUCGAGAAGAAAUAGUAGAACAAGUGCAAGUAGAAGAAAUAACCAGUCAUGCAUCAAUAACGAUAACAAUGGACAGAGCUUGAAUGUUAAAAUAGAUUUGUCGUUGAUAAAUUAUUCUGGACGUCUUGGUAGCGAAUCCACAAGUUCUGCAAUCCCUACAGCAACGGUUGUUCACAGUGCUAAUAUAUCACCAAUUGCAACAGCUUCAUCAGCUAAAAGAGAACCAGGACAUACAAAUUCUCGUCAAAAUAUUUCUGAUAAUGGUAUUAAAUCAAGUACACCAAAACAAGACGAUGCAUCGUACAGAAACAACCAUAGACAACGUUCAUCUAGAUCACAAAGACAUGAAACGCUGUGUUCAACAUGGAAUGCAAACAAUAACACUAGUCCUGUUAGGGUGGCAAGUAAUACGGUUAAUACCAGCAACCGAGACUUUCCGAACUCCUGGCGGGACAGUUCUGAUAGUAGUUCAGAUAACACAUGGGAACCAGGCUCGGACUGUGACGAGAUUGACGAUAGUAGUACGGAAGGGGAUGAUGGGUUUGAUACAGAAUCUAGCUACGAGGUUCAGAUUCCAAAAUCUACAGCAGCGUUGUUGGAGGAGUAUGCCUCGGAUGAAUCAGAUGAGAGCUGGAAAGUUGGAAUGAAUUAAUAGUUUUCUUCAUCAUGUGCGAGUGUAAUGAACUAUGUGCUACUUUCUUUUACAGAUACAGAGAAUUGUUGUUGUUUUUUUCUCAGUGAUAGUUAUUUAUAUUAAGAUAAUAGAAAGUUUAUUUCUUUGCAGAAGGUCUUUAACUCGUACAAAUGUACUAUUAAGGGGCCAGAACUUUUUUCUGUGCUGGAACAAUUUCUGAUACUGUGUAAUAUAAAUGAAAUGAGGAUCUAUUGCAUGUCUCAUCAGGUUUCAUAUAGUACUCGGAAGUCUUAUUUAAAAUGGUGUUUUUGCCUUCAUUUAUUGCGAAUCAACUAUGACUGUGUACAUACUUUAAAACAAUCAUUUAGAAAUGAAAAACUUCGCGGUCUUUUGAAUGAUUUUAAUAAAAAUGAAUUCCAGCAUUCCUAACUUUUCAGGAUCUUAACUUAGUUUCUAGAGACCGCCUUUUUCUGAAUUACAUUUUUUUUUUCAAUCAAAUACUGAUGUAGGAAAUGUAAAUUCGAUCUUAGCACUUGCUUUAUGUGAUGGAGGUUAUCUGCUGACUUUUGGAUGAUUUUCAAGAAGUCUCAAUGUGGUUUUUACCUGUUGAAAUAGACAGAAAAAUAACACUCAUUUCCUGUAUUUACAUUUUUGCAAUUGCUUGCUACAAAACUAAAUGGGUUUGCUUUCUUUGAGUUCCAAAAAUCAAAAUAAAAGCCAGGAUAUCAACCUUUGCAACAUUUUAAUAGAACAGCCCAUGUUAAGUAGUAAUUUGCUUCCAAAUGAAAAUAAAGUUCCUGGUUUUUACUUGGAAUAUUGUCAAGUCCUUUGAAAAAUCAUGUAGCUGUGUUAGUUCAGUUUAGACCAUUAUACGGUUAUAGCUAUAGUUUACAGUACUUUUUGAAAUUUUUGUGUCAAGUUUUGUAAAAAUUUGUCUAACUAUGCCAUUUUGUUAAUGUUUUGGGUAUAUGACCAGGUUACAUAUGCCAAUUCUCGGAUAGGGCCAUCCUUGAUAACAUUACGCCAUUGUUGUUUGUACAAAAAUAAAUGCCUUUUUCUUCCCAUACAAGGUACACUAUAAUAGUAAAUGUAAAUAUUUUAGAAUGCUCCAACACUGCUUUGUGACGUAAGAAAUGUAGUAAAACAUUACAUUGGAAUUUAAAAUAAAUAGAAAUAUCUUUUUGAGUGAGUUGAUGAAACCAGUUCAGCUUAGUUAAUUUGUAUCUUCAGAUGAAUUCAGAUUCCUAAAAUGUUGAAAAAUUAUACCAUGUUUGUGUCAAUAUUUUUAGAAAAAAUGAAUGAAAAUGUGUUGGUUUCGGACAAAAAAUAGCCCGGGAUUUAACACUAAAGUUAGGUUUGUAAAUUUCGCUAUGAAAUUUGUUUGAAUAUUUUUGUUCAGUCUUGAAAUUAGUUUAAUGAAUGAAAAUUGGUACACAUGUAUCUUUGUGAAAUGCAUCUUGCUGAGUAAGUUUUAAAGAAAGAAUGGGACAAAAUGGCAGUAUAUGUUUUUGUUAACUGCUGAAAGUCGGUUUGUCAUUCUGCUAUACUAAUACAUAUGCAAGAUUAUCAGUCGAUUAUGAUUGCUAUUUACACAGUCUUCAAGCUUUAUAAUUAUUAUUCUUUUGAACAUGUAUUUAUCAGCUUAACAAAGAUGCAGAAUAAAUGGAAAAUCUGAAAUAA